AUGAAAUGGUUACCAAAUGAAAUAGUCUUCUACAUAGUUGAGUCUUCUGGAAGUCUUCCAGACACUUUGGACAUUGGAGAUGUUUCUGAAUCUGGGUUGCCGCCGGCAGGAAAGAUUGAGGCUAAGCCUAAAGGCCUCGCCCAUGGAUUUUUUCUGCUGGGAAUGUUGACAACAAAGGAGUGCAAUGGGGAUGCUGGCUCCUCUUCUGACCCCAGGAGACAACAGUGUUUUGGAGGAAAAGUUGGGUCCCUAGAGAUGGCUGAGAAAUAUGGAGAUCUCAUGAGAAGAGAUUCUACUGCAGCUGUUGAUAAGGCUUCCAAAUUGUCUUCCCCUCCUGUUGGUAUGUUUAAACUCAAUGUAGAUGCUGCUUCGGGUGUGGGUGGAAUUGGUGCUGUCAUUAGAAAUGACAACGGGGAAGCAAUGGCGGCUAUGGCCCUUCCCUUUGAAACCGCCACCUCCACCAAGCAUGCCGAGAUUAUGGCACGUCAAUUCGGGUUGAACUUUGCUUGGGAUGCUAGAUCCUCCUCUGUCACGCUUGAGUCGGAUUCACAAGCAGUGAUCAAUAGUAUAAAUUCUGACGAGGAUGAGUCCUUUGCCCCAGAAGGGCAUCUUAUUGAUGGUGUGAAGAGGAGUUUACAACAGUUUCAGAAUGCUACUCUCUUUUAUUCCAAGGGGAUAGGGCAAGUGCCAGAACAAAAAAUAUUGACCAUUGAUGUGAAGCCAGGAUGCAAGAAGGGAACCAAGAUUGCAUGUCCAGAUAAAGGCAACGAGCAGCUUGGCCAGCUGCCAGCAGACGUUGAUUUUGUGAUUGAUCAUGAGAAACCCCAUGACACAUUCAAGAGAGACGGCAAAUCACCUCAUUGUGAUCCACAACGGUGCAUCUCACCAAGCUCGAUGGUUGUGAUCUACCCAUCCCGGUGCCUGACACUCUGA